UCAAAUAAUUUGACAUCGCCAGUUGCUUACCGAACAAAUUUUCUCAUCAUUUUCUAUACCGCUAGAUCGGAUCUUCGAGCUUGCCACUCAAUCCAUCCAGUUCAGCCAGCCAUGGAGUUCCUGCAGGACAGCAUCCCAAGGGUGUACAUCGCCGCCGCGGCCGCCGCGCUGUACGCGCGCGCGUCGUCGUCCCUCCUCCGGCCCGGCCUCCCCCGCCUCGUCGCGCUGCUCCCGGUGCUGGCGUUCCUCGCCGCCGCGCCCUUGGCGUUCGCUUCCUCCACCAACGUCCGGGGCACCGCCGCCUUCUUCCUCGCCUGGCUCGGCACGUUCAAGGUCGCCCUCCUCGCCGCCGGCCGCGGGCCGCUCGACCCCGCGCUGCCCGUGCUCACGUUCCUCUUCACCGCCUUGCUCCCCGUCAAGCUCCGCGGAGCAGCGGCGCCGGCCAACGCCGGCAACAGCAAGCCGGUGUCGCUCGUUUCUUGCGCGGUCAAGGUCGCCGUCAUAGCCGCCCUGCUCCGGCUCUACCAGUUCAGCGACCGGAUGCACCUCUACGCGCGCCUCGCGCUGUACGGCGUCCACAUGUACUGCUUCUUCGACCUCCUCCUCCCCUGCAUCGCGGCCGCCGGCGCGGCGCUCGGCAUGGAGAUGGAGCCGCAGUUCGACCGGCCGUACCUGGCCGCGUCGCUGCGCGACUUCUGGGGCCGGCGGUGGAACCUCAUGGUGUCCGCCAUCCUCCGGCCGUCGGUGUACGACCCCGUGCGCGCGCGCGCCGGGAGGGCCGGCGGCGUGCUGGCCUCAUUCGCGGUGUCCGGGGUGAUGCACGAGGCCAUGGUGUGCUACCUCGGCCUGCGGUGGCCGCCCAGCGGGGGGAUGGCCGCCUUCUUCGUCCUCCACGGCGUCUGCUGCGUCGCCGAGGGGUGGUGCGCGCGGCGGUGGGCGACCAGGGGGUGGCCGCCCCUGCCGCGCCCCGUGGCCACGGCGCUGGUGGGGCUGUUCGUGACGGCCACGUCGUUCUGGAUCUUCUUCCCGGCUCUUCUUCCCGGCGUCGAGGAGAAGCUGAUGGAGGAGUGGGCCGCAGUGGGGGCUUUCUUCCUCGACGCCGGCGGGAAAGUUCCGUCGUAUGGUCAACGGAGCAAAAGUUAGGAAAACUCAACCCCAUGUAUACUAAUCGAAUGCUCCACUUUUGUUGCAUGGAGAAAAGCAAUUCUGGGAGUUCGAUCCCGUGCAUGAAUCAUCCGACCUUGCUGUA